GUAGAUUUAUUCACUCCAUGUUAGAAAGCACGUGUAACAUGUUUCUAUGCAGUUAACCUCGCGUCGGAAAAUAUUUUUGGAUUUGUUUCUGUGAAUUUUUUUAAAUCAAUCAUGACAAAAAAAGAACUAAAACGUAAACGGACCGAUAAUGUUAAUAAGGAAAAUAUAUCGCAAGUUGAAGUUUUACCAGCAAAAAGAGUAUCAGAUGAGCCACCACCAAAAAAGGUAAAAUGGAUUAAUAGGCAAAGAGUAUUGGUAUUUGCUACUAGAGGAAUCAGUUAUAGACAUCGUCAUCUUAUGGAUGAUUUAAAAACUCUCAUGCCUCAUCAUCGUUCUGAAUCUAAAAUGGAACAUACUAAAAAUUUGCAAGUAGUCAAUGAAAUGUGUGAAAUGAAAAACUGUAACAAAUCAAUAUUGUUUGAAGGCAGAAGAAAAAGAGAUUUAUAUUUAUGGUUUUCUAACGUCUCUGUAGGACCAUGUGCAAAAUUUCUUGUUGAAAAUAUUUAUACUAUGGGAGAAUUAAAAAUGACUGGAAAUUGUUUGAAAGGUUCCAGACCAUUGCUAUCAUUUGAUGAAAACUUUGAUGCAAAACCACAUUAUAGUUUGUUGAAAGAAUUGUUUGUACAAAUCUUUGGUGUUCCUAAUCAUCAUCCUAAGAGUCAACCAUUUUUUGAUCAUAUAUAUACAUUUACUGUAUUGGACAAUAGAAUAUGGUUUAGAAAUUUUCAGAUUUUAACAGAAGAUGGAGGUUUAGCUGAAAUAGGUCCAAGAUUUGUAUUAAAUCCAAUAAAAAUAUUUGUUGAUAGUUUUUGUGGAGAAAUACUUUGGGAUAAUCCAUCUUAUGUUUCCCCUGCUAAGUUUCGACAAUCUUUGAAGAAAAAUACUGCUGGUAAAUAUAUAAAUAAAGUACAACAGAAAAUAGCACAAGAGGCUAGUAAGCCAAAAAAAUCAUAUUCAUUGAAUCCCUUGGAUGAAAUAUUUAAAGGUGAUCCAUUAGAAAAAGCAUUAGAAUUACAAAAAAAAGAAAUAAAACAAGUACAGGAUAAUGAUGACAAACAGAAAAAAGUUCAAAAACAUAGUAAGAAACAGUUAAGAAAGAAAGUAGUAAAGUGUAAUUCCAAAAAGAAAAAAAAAAAUUAGUAAUAUAAUAUUGCAUUCAAAAAU